AUGGCUGAUGAAGAUGAAAUUCGUUUGGUCCCCCAAAUCCUGGCUUUUUGUGAGAUCCAGCAGCAGAAACCAGGACCUGAACCCAGCUGUGUGUCCAUGAAGAGUGACUGGUCUAUGGUUCAUCCUGAUGAAUUUAAGGUUGGAAAAGGUGCUGCUGAUGAAAGGAUGCAGCAGAGACCUGGACCUGGACCUGAACCCAGCUGUGUGUCCAUGAAGAGUGACGGCUCUAUGGUUCAGCCUAUUAACCUUAAAGUUGGACAAGCUGCUGAUGGAAGAGAUCAACAGGAGAGUUCAGAGGGCCUCGGUGGUCAGGCUGCCCAGCUGCAUCAAACAGACCUGGACUCCAUAUUUAUGCUGCUGGAGGAGAACAUCAUCACCUAUGUGAAGAACGAACUGAAGAAGAUCCAGAAAAUUCUGAUUCCAGAUUACCCAGAAUUCUUAGAGAGUCAGAAGAAGGCUGAGGAUGUGUUGGACAGUGAGGAUGACGAGCAGAGAAGGAGCAGCAUAGACGCAUUUCUGAAGAUCACGCUGUACUUCCUGAGGAGAAUGGAGCAGGAGGAGCUGGCUGACCGUCUGCAGAACAGAACUCAUGCUGCAAUAUGCCGCCCCAAAUUCAAGUCCAACCUGGAGAAGAAGUUCCAGUGUGUGUUUGAGGGGAUUGCUAAAGCAGGAAACCCAACUGUUCUGAAUAAGAUGUUCACAGAGAUCUACAUCACCGAUGGAGGGACUGCAGAGGUCAAUGAAGAACAUGAGGUCAGACAUAUUGAAAUAGCAUCUAGAAAACCGGACAGACCAGAAACAAUAAUCAGAUAUGAAGACAUCUUUAAAACCCCACCUGGAAGAGAUGAACCAAUCAGAACAGUGAUGACAAAGGGAGUGGCUGGCAUCGGGAAAACAGUCUUAACACAGAAGUUCACUUUGGACUGGGCUGAAGGCAAAGCCAACCAGGACAUCCAGUUCAUAUUUCCAUUCACUUUCAGAGAGCUGAAUGUGCUGAAAGAGAAAAAGUACAGCUUGGUGGAACUUGUUGAUCACUUCUUCAGUGAAACCGAAGAAGCAGGAAUCUGCAGGUUUGAAAAUGUUCCGGUUGUGUUCAUCUUUGAUGGUCUGGAUGAGUGUCGACUUCCUCUGGACUUCCACAACACUGAGAUCCUGACUGAUGUUACAGAGUCCACCUCAGUGGAUGUGCUGCUGACAAACCUCAUCAGGGGGAAACUGCUUCGCUCUGCUCGCCUCUGGAUAACCACACGACCUGCAGCAGCCAAUCAGAUCCCUCCUGAGUUUGUUGACAUGGUGACAGAGAUCAGAGGGUUCACUGACCCACAGAAGGAGGAGUACUUCAGGAAGAGAUUCAGAGAUGAGGAGCAGGCCAGCCAAAUCUACUCCUACAUUAGGAAAUCUCGAAGUCUCCACAUCAUGUGCCACAUCCCAGUCUUCUGCUGGAUCACUGCUACAGUUCUGGAAAAGGUGUUGAAGACCAGAGGGGGAGGAGAGCUGCCCAAGACCCUGACUGAGAUGUACAUCCACUUCCUGGUGGUUCAGUCCAAACUGAAGAACAUCAAGUAUCAUAGAGGUGCUGAGACAGAUCCACACUGGAGUCCAGAGACCAGGAAGAUGAUUGAGUCCCUGGGAAAACUGGCUUUUGAGCAGCUGCAAAAAGGCAACCUGAUCUUCUAUGAAUCAGACCUGACCGAGUGUGGCAUCGAUAUCAGAGAAGCCUCAGUGUACUCAGGAGUGUUCACACAGAUCUUUAAAGAGGAGAGUGGACUGUACCAGGACAAGGUGUUCUGCUUCGUCCAUCUGAGUGUUCAGGAGUUCCUGGCUGCUCUUCAUGUCCAUCUGACAUUCAUCAACUCAGGAGUCAACCUGCUGGCAGUAGAAGAAUCAACAUCCCAGAAGACUGAAACCAGAGAAGAUGGAUCUUCCCAGUUCUACCAAAGUGCUGUGGACAAGGCCUUACAGAGUCCAAAUGGACACCUGGACUUGUUCCUCCGCUUCCUCCUGGGUCUUUCACUAGAGACCAAUCAGACUCUCCUACGAGGUCUGAUAACAAAGACAGGAAAGGAAAACCGAAAGGAAACAGUAGAGUACAUUAAGACGAAGAUCAGUGAGAAUCUGUCUGUAGAGAGAAGCAUCAAUCUGUUCCACUGUCUGAAUGAACUGAAUGAUGGUUCUCUAGUGGAGGAGAUCCAACAGUCCCUGAGUUCAGGAAGUCUCUCCACAGAUAAACUGUCUCCUGCUCAGUGGUCAGCUCUGGUCUUCAUAUUAUUGUCAUCAGAAAAAGAUCUGGACGUGUUUGACCUGAAGAAAUACUCUGCUUCAGAGGAGGCUCUUCUGAGGCUGCUGCCAGUGGUUAAAGCCUCCAACAAAGCUCUGUUAAGUGGCUGUAACCUUUCAGAGAGAAGCUGUGAAGCUCUGUCCUCAGUUCUCAGCUCCCAGUCCUCUAGUCUGAGAGAGCUGGACCUGAGUAACAACGACCUGCAGGAUUCAGGAGUGGAGCUGAUGUCUCCUGGACUGAAGAGUCCACACUGCAGACUGGAAACUCUCAGUCUCUCAGGCUGUCUGAUCUCAGAGGAAGGCUGUACUUCUCUGGCCUCAGCUCUGAGCUCCAACCCCUCCCAUCUGAGAGAGCUGGACCUGAGCUACAAUCAUCCAGGAGACUCAGGAGAGAAGCUGCUUUCUACUUUACUGGAGGAUCCAAACUGGAGACUGGACACUCUCAGGGUGGACCAUGGUGGACCGCAGAAUCUGAGACCUGGUCUGAGGAAGUGUGAGUGUGUUUUAAGUUUGCUCUAACAGAACUCAGCUGUGUGUUACACUAGUUUAACCCCUUCCUGGCGCUGGAAGUAUAAUAUUAGAUGAGGUUACUUAUUAUUUCAAUGUUUUACUGAACAGGAUUCUGAGUGCUUAGCAAUUUAUGGUGAAUUGACUAAAUCUCCCUUUACCAGUGGAUGUUAUUAUAUAGACAAAGGAAACAGGAAACAUCACUGCCUCUAUCUCUGCCACAAGAAA